CCAUGUUCACCUCAAGAUCGGUAGCAAGACUCGUCCUACGACGAGCAUGCUCUCCUCUUCCUGUUUCCUCUCCUCUGAGGCAAUUCUCCACAUCGAGACCUCUCGCCGUUAGCUACCACUCCUAUACUCUUCCCACCCACACCUCUACGCCUCCCAGAAACGACGAUGUCCCCGAAACAUCAAUAGCACAACCCGAUCCUCUUCCCAAAGUCCACGAGACCCGUCCGCCUCCCCAGCAGCCUCAGCAUCCUCAGCCGCCAAAGCAACAAGAAGCUGCGACGACAACAACGACAACGCAGAAUGACGUUCCCGCCACCUCGGCAUCAGCCCCGAAGCUAAACGAGAUGGAAGCCCAGAAGCCGAAGGCCGCCCGACCGCGAUCUAAGCUACGCCCACGCAAGGCUGCUAUGAAAUUGACGCCCUCUGCGGUAGAGCAAUUAAGAGAGUUGCUCGAUCAGCCCGAGCCGAAGCUCAUCAAGGUCGGCGUAAGGAACCGAGGAUGCAGUGGUCUAGCGUAUCACCUCGAAUAUGUCGACAAGCCUGGCGCUUUUGACGAGACGGUUGAGCAGGAUGGUGUCAAGGUCUUGAUCGACAGCAAGGCGCUUUUCAGCAUUAUUGGAAGCGAGAUGGAUUAUGUUGAAGACAAGCUCAACCAGCGCUUCGUGUUCAAGAACCCCAAUAUCAAGGAGGAAUGCGGCUGUGGCGAGUCAUUCAUGGUCUAGAUUGAAAUUGGCGUUGAAACAUUGCAUAUCACAAAUGCAUAAUAAAAAAUGGAAGCAUCAUCAUUUACGAGACGACAUCAUUUGUGCUCAGACGCGGCAUCACUCACAGUUUGUGGCAGGGAAGCCCUGCCAUGAUCAGUGCCAUGUCGGAAGUAGGGCAAUGAGCAGCAUGCAUGAUGCAUCUGCAUGUCUCUGUCUCGUAAUAACCGAAACAGGAGCCGGCGGGUGGAAGGCAUAGGAGCCAGUACCUCGAAUCGGCAUAAUCAACGGCGUUGGGUUAGACUGGAGGGAGGCAUCAUCUCCCUUUGUUUUGAGAAAACACAUUAUAUUAUAUACCAUUGUACUUCUUGGGUACAGAAUUGAAGAUACAAGUCA